CCGCUCCUAUUGCUGCUGCUAGCCGGACCCGGGGCUGCAGCUCCCCCUUGCCUGGAUGGAAGCCCGUGUUCUAAUGGAGGUCGCUGCACCCAGCUGCCCUCUGGAGAGGCUGCCUGCCUGUGCCCACCAGGCUGGGUGGGCGAGCGGUGCCAGCUGGAAGAUCCCUGCCAUUCGGGCCCCUGUGCUGGCCGUGGCGUCUGCCAGAGUUCGGUGGUAGCAGGCACUGCCCGGUUCUCCUGCCGCUGUCCCCGUGGGUUCAGAGGCCCCGACUGCUCCUUGCCAGACCCCUGCCUCAACAGCCCCUGUGCCCAUGGGGCCCACUGCUCAGUGGGGCCCGAUGGUCGCUACAUCUGUUCCUGCCCACCUGGCUACCAGGGCCGCAGUUGUCGAAGUGAUGUGGAUGAGUGCCGGGCGGGUGGUCCCUGCCAUCAUGGUGGUACCUGCCUCAACACACCUGGCUCUUUCCGCUGCCAGUGCCCAGCUGGCUACUUGGGGCCGCUGUGUGAGAUCCCUGCAGUGCCCUGUGCUCCCUCACCGUGCCGUAACGGGGGCACCUGUAGACAGAAUGGCGAUCUCAGUUAUGAUUGUGCCUGCCUUCCUGGGUUUGAGGGCCAGAACUGUGAAGUGAAUGUGGAUGACUGUCCAGGGAACCGGUGUCUAAAUGGCGGGACAUGUGUGGAUGGCGUCAACACCUACAAUUGCCAGUGCCCUCCGGAGUGGACAGGCCAAUUCUGCACUGAGGAUGUGGACGAGUGUCAGCUGCAGCCCAAUGCUUGCCACAAUGGGGGCACCUGCUUUAACACACUGGGUGGCCACAGCUGUGUGUGCGUCAAUGGCUGGACUGGUGAAAGCUGUAGUCAGAAUAUUGAUGACUGUGCCACGGCUGUGUGCUUCCAUGGGGCCACCUGCCAUGACCGCGUGGCCUCCUUCUAUUGUGCCUGCCCCAUGGGCAAGACUGGGCUUCUAUGUCAUCUAGAUGAUGCCUGUGUCAGCAAUCCCUGUCAUGAGGAUGCUAUCUGUGACACAAACCCGGUGAAUGGCCGGGCCAUCUGCACUUGUCCACCAGGCUUCACUGGUGGCGCGUGUGACCAGGAUGUGGAUGAGUGCUCUAUUGGUGCCAACCCAUGUGAGCACCUGGGCAGGUGUGUGAACACACAGGGCUCAUUCCUUUGCCAGUGUGGCCCAGGCUACACUGGCCCGCGCUGUGAGACAGAUGUCAAUGAGUGCCUAUCUGGGCCCUGCCGCAACCAGGCCACAUGCCUUGACCGCAUAGGCCAGUUCACCUGCAUCUGCAUGGCAGGCUUCACAGGCACCUAUUGUGAGGUGGACAUGGAUGAAUGUCAGAGCAGCCCAUGUGUCAACGGUGGUGUCUGCAAGGACAGAGUCAAUGGCUUCAGCUGCACCUGUCCCUCUGGCUUCAGCGGGGCCCUGUGUCAGCUGGAUGUCGAUGAGUGUGCGAGCACACCCUGUAGGAACGGGGCCAAGUGCAUGGACCAACCCGAUGGCUACGAGUGCCGCUGCGCAGAGGGCUUUGAGGGCACUCUGUGUGAACUCAACGUGGAUGACUGCUCUCCUGACCCGUGCCAUCAUGGGCGCUGCGUGGACGGCAUUGCCAGCUUCUCCUGUGCCUGUGCCCCGGGCUACACUGGCACGCGCUGUGAGAGCCAGGUGAACGAGUGCCGUAGCCAGCCCUGCCGCCACGGGGGCAAAUGCUUAGAUCUGGUGGACAAAUACCUCUGCCGCUGCCCUCCUGGCACCACAGGUGUAAACUGUGAGGUGAACAUCGAUGAUUGUGCCAGCAACCCCUGCACCUUUGGAAUCUGCCGGGAUGGUAUUAAUCGCUAUGACUGUGUCUGCCAGCCUGGCUUCACAGGGCCCCUUUGCAACAUGGAGAUCAACGAGUGUGCGUCCAGCCCAUGCGGCGAGGGAGGCUCCUGCGUGGAUGGGGAAGACGGCUUCCACUGCCUCUGCCCACCUGGCUCCCUGCCUCCACUGUGCCUCCCCCCAAGCCAUCCCUGUGCCCAAGAACCCUGCAAUCACGGUGUCUGCCAUGAUGCGCCUGGAGGGUUCCGCUGUGCAUGUGAUCCUGGCUGGAGUGGCCCCCAGUGCAGCCAGAGUCUCACUCGAGAUGCCUGUGAGUCUCAGCCCUGUGGGGCUGGUGGCACCUGUACCAGCAAUGGCAUGGACUUCCACUGCACCUGUCCCCCUGGUAUUCAGGGCCAUCAAUGUGAGCUGCUGUCCCCCUGUGCCCCGAACCCCUGCGAACACGGGGGCCACUGCGAGUCUGCUCCUGGCCAUCUGGCUAUCUGCUCCUGCCCCCCUGGCUGGCAAGGCCCUCGAUGUCAGCAGGAUGUAGAUGAGUGUGCUGGCCCCUCACCCUGUGGCCCCCAUGGUACCUGCACCAACCUGGCUGGGAGUUUUAGUUGUACCUGCCAUGGGGGGUAUAGUGGCUCUUCCUGUGACGAGGACAUCGAUGACUGUGACCCCAACCCCUGCCUGAAUGGUGGCUCCUGUCAGGACCAUGUGGGCUCCUUUUCCUGCUCCUGCCUCCCGGGCUUUGCUGGCCCCCGCUGUGCCCGUGAUGUGGACGAGUGUCUGAGCAGCCCCUGCGGCCCAGGCACCUGCACCGACCAUGUGGCUUCCUUCACCUGCACCUGCCCCCCAGGCUAUGGAGGCUUCCACUGUGAGCAGAACCUACCGGACUGCAGCCCCAGCUCCUGCUUCAAUGGUGGGACCUGCUUGGACGGUGUGAACUCGUUCAGCUGCCUGUGUCGUCCUGGCUACACUGGUGCGCACUGCCAGUAUGAGGCCGACCCCUGCCUCUCCCGGCCCUGUCUGCAUGGGGGUGUCUGCACCGCCACCUACCCUGGCUUCAUCUGUGCCUGUCCAGAGGGCUUCACCGGCAGUCAGUGUCAGACACUGAUAGACUGGUGUAGCCUUCAGCCCUGUCAGAACGGGGGUCGCUGUGCCCAGACAGGGGCCUCUUUCAACUGCCUUUGUCCUCCCGGGUGGAGUGGCAGCCUCUGUGACAUCCAAAGCCUGCCCUGCAGAGCAGCUGCAGCCCAGAUCGGGGUGCGGCUAGAGCAGCUGUGUCAGGCUGGUGGGCAGUGUGUGGACAAGGAGAGCUCUCACUACUGCGUGUGCCUAGAGGGCCGCACAGGCAGCCACUGUGAGCAGGAGGUGGACCCCUGCUUGGCCCAGCCCUGCCAGCAUGGGGGCACUUGCCGAGGCUACAUGGGAGGUUAUGUGUGCGAGUGUCCAGCUGGCUACGCUGGUGACAACUGUGAGGAUGACGUGGAUGAGUGUGCCUCUGAGCCCUGCCAGCAUGGGGGCUUCUGCAUUGACCUUGUGGCCCGAUAUCUCUGCUCCUGUCCUCCUGGGACACUGGGUGUGCUCUGUGAGAUUAAUGAUGAUGACUGUGGCCCAGGCCCACCCCUGGACCCAGGCCCCCGGUGCUUGCACAAUGGUACCUGUGUAGACCUGGUGGGCGGCUUCCGCUGUACCUGCCCCCCAGGAUACACUGGCCUGCGCUGUGAGGCAGAUAUCAAUGAGUGUCGCCCGGGCACCUGCCAUGCAGCACAUACCCGGGACUGCCUGCAGGACCCAGGUGGGGGCUUCCGCUGCCUUUGCCUAGCCGGCUUCACAGGUUCCCGCUGCCAGUCUGUCCUGUCUCCCUGCGAGUCCCAGCCAUGCCAGCAUGGAGGCCAGUGCCGUCCUGGCCCAGGCCCUGGGGGUGCACUGACCUUCACCUGCCAUUGUGUCUCGGUAAUGUGGGGCUUCCAGUGUGAGCGGAUGGCGCGCUCCUGCCGGGAGCUGCAGUGCCCAGUGGGUGUCUUGUGCCAGCAGACGGUCCGUGGGCCGCGCUGCGCCUGCCCCCUGGGGCUGUCAGGGUCUACCUGCCGCAGCUUCCAGGAGCUGCCUCCGGGGGCCACCAACGCCAGCUGCGUGGUCUCCCCCUGCCUCCACGGGAGCUCUUGCAUCCCGGAACGGUCCGCUCCCUUCUUCCGCUGCGCGUGCGCUCCGGGCUGGGCCGGGCCCCGCUGCGAGGUGCCCGCGGCGCCGGAGGCCCCCGAGGAGCCGCAAUGCCCGAGUGCCGCCUGCGAGGCCAAGAGCGGGGACAAGCACUGCGACCGCGAGUGCAACAGCCCUGGCUGUGGCUGGGAUGGUGGCGACUGCUCCCUGAGCGUGGGCGACCCCUGGCGGCAGUGCGCAGCGCUGCAGUGCUGGCGCCUCUUCAACAACAGCCGCUGUGACCCUGCCUGCAGCUCCCCUGCCUGCCUCUACGACAACUUUGACUGCCAGGCUGGAGGCCGCGAGCGCACCUGCAAUCCGGUCUAUGAGAAGUACUGCGCAGACCACUUUGCAGAUGGCCGGUGCGACCAGGGCUGCAACACGGAGGAGUGCGGCUGGGAUGGGCUAGACUGCGCAAGGGAGGUGCCGGCCCUGCUGGCCCGGGGCAUGCUGGUGCUCACCGUGCUGCUGCCCCCCGAGGAGCUACUGCACUCCAGCGCCGACUUCCUGCAGCGGCUCAGCGCCAUCCUGCGCACUUCACUGCGCUUCCGCCUGGACGAGCGCGGCCAGGCCAUGGUCUUCCCUUACCACCGACAGGACCCUGGCUCUGAAGUCCUGAACUUGCGGGAGCUGGCCCCUGAGGUGAUUGGCUCAGUGGUGAUGCUGGAGAUUGACAACCGGCUGUGCCUGCAGUUGCCUGAGAAUGACCACUGCUUCCCCGAUGCCCAGAGUGCGGCUGACUACCUGGGAGCACUGUCAGCGGUGGAGCGCCUGGACUUCCCAUACCCACUGUGGGCUGUGCGGGGAGAGCCGCUGGAGCCGCUAGAGCCGCUGGAGCCUAGUGUGCCGCUUUUGCCGCUGCUGGCUGCCAGUGCGGUCUUCCUGCUGGUCAUCCUUGUCCUGGUGGUCAUGGUGGCCCGGCGCAAGCGUGAGCACAGCACCCUCUGGUUCCCUGAGGGCUUCGCGCUGCACAAGGACGUGGCCACUGGCCACAAGGGCCGGCGGGAGCCUGUGGGCCAAGAUGCGCUGGGCAUGAAGAACAUGGCCAAGGGCGAGAGUCUGAUGGGGGAGGUAGCAACAGACUGGAUGGACACAGAGUGCCCAGAGGCCAAGCGACUGAAGGUAGAGGAGCCUGGUGUGGGGGCUGAGGAUGCUGUGGAUUGCCGCCAGUGGACUCAACACCACCUAGUUGCUGCUGACAUCCGCGUGGCACCAGCUAUGGCCUUGACACCUCCGCAGGGCGACGUGGAUGCUGAUGGCAUGGAUGUCAAUGUGCGUGGCCCAGAUGGCUUCACCCCGCUCAUGCUGGCCUCCUUCUGCGGGGCAGCCCUGGAGCCAGUGCCAGCUGAGGAGGACGAGGCAGAAGACACAUCAGCCAGCAUCAUCUCCGAUCUGAUUUGCCAGGGGGCCCAGCUCGGGGCGCGGACUGACCGCACGGGUGAGACGGCCCUGCACCUGGCCGCCCGCUAUGCCCGCGCUGAUGCGGCCAAGCGGCUGCUGGAUGCCGGAGCAGACACCAAUGCCCAAGACCACUCGGGCCGUACCCCGCUGCACACGGCUGUCACUGCCGAUGCCCAGGGCGUCUUCCAGAUUCUCAUUCGGAACCGCUCUACAGACCUGGAUGCCCGCAUGGCAGAUGGAUCGACAGCAUUGAUCCUGGCGGCCCGCCUGGCGGUGGAGGGCAUGGUGGAAGAGCUCAUUGCCAGCCAUGCUGAUGUCAAUGCUGUGGAUGAACUUGGGAAAUCAGCGUUACACUGGGCUGCAGCUGUCAACAACGUGGAGGCCACCUUGGCUCUGCUCAAAAAUGGAGCCAAUAAGGACAUGCAGGAUAGCAAGGAGGAGACUCCACUGUUCCUGGCUGCCCGGGAGGGCAGCUAUGAGGCUGCCAAGCUCCUGCUGGAUCACUUUGCCAACCGGGAGAUCACUGACCAUCUGGACAGGCUGCCACGUGAUGUGGCCCAGGAGAGGCUGCACCAGGACAUUGUGCGCUUGCUGGACCAGCCCAGUGGGCCUCGCAGUCCCCCGGGCUCCCAUGGCCUGGGGCCCCUGCUCUGCCCGCCUGGGGCCUUCCUCCCUGGCCUCAAGGCAGCACAGUCCGGGGGCAAGAAGAGCCGAAGGCCACCAGGGAAAUCAGGGUUGGGACCACAGGGCACCCGGGGCCGGGGCAAGAAGUUGACUCUGGCCUGCCCGGGUCCCCUGGCUGAGAGCUCGGUCACAUUGUCGCCUGUAGACUCUCUGGACUCCCCACGGCCCUUUGGUGGGCCCCCUGUAUCCCCCGGAGGCUUCCCCCUUGAGGGGCCCUAUGCAGGUGCCACCACCACGGCUGUGUCCCUGGCACAACUUGGUGGUGCGGGCAGGGCAGGUCUAGGGUGCCAGCCCCCCGGGGGCUGCGUGCUCAGCCUGGGCUUGCUGAACCCUGUGGCUGUUCCCCUUGACUGGGCCCGGCUGCCCCCACCUGCCCCGCCAGGUCCCUCGUUCCUGCUUCCGCUGGCACCAGGACCCCAGCUGCUGAACCCCGGGACCCCCAUGUCUUCCCAGGAGCGGCCCCCGCCAUAUCUGGCAGCCCCAGGACAUGGUGAGGAGUAUCCAGUGCCCGGGGCCCACGGCAGCUCCCCCAAGGCUCGCUUUCUGCGGGUCCCCAGUGAGCAUCCCUACCUGACCCCAUCCCCUGAGUCCCCUGAGCACUGGGCCAGCCCCUCGCCUCCCUCACUCUCAGACUGGUCCGACUCCACACCCAGCCCGGCCACUGCCACUGGGGCCACGGCCACGGCCGCUGGGACACUGCCUGCCCAGCCCCUCUCCCUGUCCGUCCCUGGCCCCCUAGUUCAGACCCAGACCCAGCUGGGGCCCCAGCCUGAAGUCACCCCCAAGAGGCAGGUGUUGGCUUGAGAUGCUCCUCAGUUCUUGGAUUUGAGGGGGCUGAAGAGACACCCCAUCCUGAUUCUCUUCUCUCUCCCCUCUUUCCUUUAAUCUUUUUCAUUCUCUUCUCUCUUUGUCAAUCCUCCUGCGUCCUGUACCCCUGCAGUGUGACUGAGAUAGGUCACCAGCCUAGGACUUCAGUCUUCCUUUAUUUAUAAGGGGUUCAGGCUGACCCCCACCCAUGGGUCUUGUGAUGAGUCUGGGACCUUCUCCUGUCCUCCCCUCCUCCUGCUCCCCAAUUCUCCCUUCAUUCCUUUCUUGCCUUCUCUGGUCUCUCUCACUCAUACUCUGACACGAGUGGAUUAUUAUUUUUUUUACAUUUUGUAUAGAAACAAAUUCAUUUAAACAAACUUAUUAUUAUUAUUUUUUACAAAAAAAUAUAUAUGGAGAUGCUCCCUGCCCCCUGAAAACUCCCCAGUGCCCCCAUGGGGCUGAGUCUGUGGGCCCAUUUGGCCAAGCUGGAUUCUGUGUACCGAGUACACAGGCAUGACUGGGAUCCUGUGUACCGAGUACAUGACCCUGGUGUGUACCUGGGGUCCGGGGUUGGCAAGAUGUGGGAGCUUACUCCCCACCCCACCUCCCUCACUUCACUGCAUUCCAGAUGGAACUUGUUCUAUAGCUUUGCUGGGGGAAGGGCCCUUCUGUUCUGCCUCAGAGAGCUCACCCCAGAUUACACCCCCACCCUAGCGCUUGGGCCACCUCCCUUUGGGAACUUGGGGGUGGGUGGUGGGAGCAUGAGGACCAGGGGGAGAUGUGCAUUUCACUUCGUCUCCCUGUACAUAUGGGACUGCAAGAUGGGAAGGAGCUGCCGGAAUAGCGCCUCUCCUGGUCCUCCCCUGGCCUAGCCCCAUGGCAGAAUAGAAGUAUUUUUAGGCUAUUUUUGUAAUAUGGCUUCUGACCACAAUCCCUGUGUAGCUAAAUCCCCAGGCCUUGCAUUGUACAGAUCCCACCCCCGUUACCACCUAAUAAAGGAAUAGUUAACACUCCA